GGAUGGCAAACGGCUGCACCCCAAAACCCAACAGGUUAUGGGCCCAGGAGAGGACUUGUCUUCAACGGAGAUGAAAGCAAGUAUGAACUCUGGGAGGUGAAGUUUCUCGCAUUAACAAGGAUUCAGAAACUUUACGAUGUGUUUGUUCCUAGCGCGGACGAACGGGAGCUAGAUGAGGCAAGGAAUGAAACUGCCUUCGCCGAAUUGGUCCAAUGCUUGGACGAUCGAAUUUUGUCUCUGAUCAAAAGAGAGGCAAGGGACGACGGGAGAAAAUCCUUGACGGUGCUACGUGAAUAUUACCACGGUAAAGGAAAACCAAAGAUCAUCGCUUUGUACACGGAUCGGAGCUGACCUCGUUGAAAAAGGGCGAGAACGAAAACACGACUGACUAUAUGCUCCGAGCGGGGACUGCCUCGACGGCGCUUAAAUCAGCCGAAGAAGUCAUUAGCGACGGACUGCUAAUAGCUAUGAUUUUAAAGGGACUUCCGCGAAGUUAUAAAACGUUUUCAGCUGUAGUCAUACAGCGGGAGAAGCCGAUGACUUUUAGUGAAUUCAAAACAGCCUUACGCAACUACGAGGAGAAUGAAAAGAGUUGCAAGACGGAAGACCAUGACAACGUGAUGUACACAAAGCCACAAAAAUGAUUUGACGGAAAAUGUUUUAAAUGCGACAAAAAGGGUCACAAAAGCUCGGAUUGCUGGACAAAGAGCGAGAAGUGGUGCAGUAAUUGUAAAAGUAAGAUCCACAAUACGAAGGACUGCAGAAGCAAAAAGACGGCAAGGACGCCGCUAAGACAGCAAAUGAACCGAAGAAAGAAGACAACAAUGGACACUCGUUUACUUUCACACUCAAAGACCCAAACGACAGAAGAAAUAUGGACAAUGAAAACUUACUAGUGGACACUGGAGCGACUAGUCACAUAAUUAAUGACAGUUCAAAAUUUAUAAAUUUUGACGAAAACUUUGAUUCUAGCACUCAUUUUAUGGAAUUAGCAGAUGGUAGUAAAUCUAACGUUGUAUUAGGAAAAGGGAAUGCUAAAGUUAAGCUAUUUGAUGUAAAGGGAAAUAUGCAUGAUGUUAUGUUGUAUAACGCGCUUUACAUUCCAUCCUAUAACCAAAAUAUCUUUUCAGUUUCAGCCGAAGUAGGUAGAGGGGGCUCAGUAAACUUGGGUAAACAGGUAAGUAAAUACACCACUGAGGAAGGUAAUGUAUUUGAGAUCAGGCAGAAAGGGCGUUUGUACUAUUUAAAUAGCGUAUCAUCAUCAAGUAAUAAUGCUAGUUCAAUAGAGGAGUGUAAUUACGGAGAUAUUAGAAAGCUAGAGCAGGUAGUUAAGGGCAUGAAGACCACAGAUCACAAGGAGCCAGAAUGUGAAGUAUGUACUCAGGGCAAAAUGUGCCGGACUAGAAGUAGAGAGCCAGACCAGAGAGCAAAGGCACCCUUGGAAUUUGUACAUUGUGAUUUGGCAGGGCCAAUAGAGCCCACUGCCAAAGGCGGAUUUAAAUAUGCUUUAUCGUUUUUAGACAGGUAUGAACAUGGUCUAUUUCUUGAAACAGAAGAGUGACACUACAGAAGCAACAGAGAAAUACAUAGCUGACGUUGCCCCUUAUGAAAAAAUCAAGCGACUACGUAGCGACAACGGAGGUGAGUUCAUUAGUUGUCGAUUUAAGAGUCUCUUAAGAAAGCACGCAAUCAAGCACGAGACAAGUGCGCCGUACUCACCGCAUCAGAACGGUACAGUAGAAAGAGCAUGGAGAAGUCAGUUAUUUUAGCAUGGCGAGAUGUCUUUCGCUAGAAGCACAAUUACCAAAACACUUGUGGACAUAUGCCGUGGCUUCAGCCUAUAUCCGAAAUAGAUGUUUUAAUCAACGUUUAUGGGAAAACAUGCACCGUCACCCUACGAAGCAUUAAUCGGUAAGCAACCAAAUUUAAGUAAUAUGCAUGUGUUCGGAUCUACCUGUUAUGCGUUUGUACAGAAUGCUAAAAAGUUAGAUGCUCGUGGCCAAAAAGCAUCUUUGUCGGGUAUGACAAAGGAAGUCCGGCCUAUUUGGUGUUUUAUCCGGGGACAAAUAAGGUAGAAAAAGUACGAUGUGUAAAAUUCAUUGAUAAUUUCCAAGUCGAGCAAUAUGAGCAUGAUCAGUUAAUUUCAAACAGAGAGCGAGGUGAGAACACUGAUAAGCCUGAGGCCAAGAUGCCAAACAUUAAUGAGGAACAGAACACUCAGGAAUUUGAGACUGAGCAAGUAGGUGAUGACAAAAAUAUACACGAACAGCACAAACAAGACAUUUAUGCAGAAAGGUAUCCAACAAGAGCACGCAACAAACCUAAUUAUUUUGGACUAAAUAAGCUAGACGAAAACACAAGUUAUACAGUUGACUAUUGUUAUAAUUAUAUAGGCUUGCAAACAUUUCAGUAAGUUACAAGCAAGCAGUAGAUGCACCAGAUGCAAAUAGAUGGCAAGAGGCCAUGAACACAGAAAUGAAAGCCUUAACUGAUAACGAAACAUUUGAGCUUGUACCACAUCAUAAGGAUAGGCAAGUAGUGGGGGCAAAAUGGGUAUGUACAGUUAAAACAAACCAAAAUGGCGAAGAGAAAUAUAAAGCCAGGUUUGUAGCAAAAGGCUAUUCACAAGGGCAAGACGUUGAUUACAAAGAGACGUUUGCACCAACCGCACGUAUGAGUUCAGUUCGCGCUUUAUUGCAACGCACGGUUCAGAACAACAUGACAGUUCACCAGAUGGACGUUAAAACAGCGUAUUUAAAUGCAUCUAUCGAUCAAGUGAUCUAUAUUGAACAACCCGAAGGUUUCGAAAAAUUAGGAAACAAUGGCGAAAAAUUAGCUAGUGUCCGAACUAAACCGGUCAUUAUAAGGACUUAAACAGAGCGGCAAAAAUUGGAACAAUUUACUGCAUACAUUUUUGGUGAAAGAGAAAUUUACACAAUCACUUGCAGAUCCGUGUCUGUAUGUUCGCUCAAUUGACGAUGAGCGAUGUGUUGUUAUUAUUAUUUGGGUCGAUGACAUUAUCAUUGCUGCUACCAAUUCCGAUUUACUUAAUAGUGUAAAAGAUUCGUUGAGCAAUAGAUUUAAAAUGACGGACUUAGGUGAAUUGAAAUGGUUUUUAGGUAUCGAAUUUAAAUACAGCAGAGACUGUAUAAAGAUGAAUCAAAUCCGGUACAUUAAGAAAAUUCUCUCGAGAUUUGAAAUGUCUGAUUGUAAACCUAAACCAACUCCGUGCAUUUUAGGAACUGAGAAAGUCAGUUCAAACGAAAAAUAACCUGAAUUAACUGAUCCAAGAUGAUGCAGGGCAAUGCAUGGUAGGAAGCUUAAUUUGCAUAAUGACUGGAACAAGACCAGAUUUAUGUUUUGUUGUGACAAAAUUGUCACAGAAUAUGUCGAAGCCCACACAAGCAGACUUAAGCACAGCCAAAAACGUCUUAUAAGAUACUUGAAAGGUACACAGGAAUUAGGAUUAACUUUUAGGAAAUCAUGUUCUCCACUAAUUCUUAAAGUAUUUUGUGAUUCAGAUUGGGGUGCGUCUAUUGAAGAUAGACGAAGUGUGACAGGCUACAAUUUCCAGCUUACACAAGAUGGUCCAAUGAUAUCGUGGAAAAGCCGAAAACAACCGACCGUGGCAUUAUCGACGUGUGAAGCGA